AAAGAUCCUUCUCAGCCAUCAGUGUCUCAACUUUUUGAACACAAGACAGGGUGGAAGGACACAGAUCCAAGAUGUUGGAUUCAAGAGACUCAUGUCCCUUAUGGAACCCAGGUACAGAAUUAAAAAUGAAAAGUUCUACAGAACAAAAAUGCUUGAAGACACCUACUCAAGGGUUUUGACAAAAAUCAGAAGUGAAGUGAUGAAGGAGAAGGCCCCAUUUAUGGCGUUCACAACUGACUGUUGGUCUGGAGCUACAGAGUCCCUGAUGAGCCUAACUGGGCAUUUCAUUUCUGAGGACUGGUCGAGAAGGCAAGUGGUGCUAAAUGUCAAGCCUAUGAUUGGAUCACACUCAGCCAGUUAUAUUCAAGAAACCUUCCUUAACAUGUUAGGAGACUGGGAUAUCGCAACAGAACGUGUUGUUCUUGUCCUAAGAGAUGGGGGAGCAAACAUGGUAAAAGGAAUGAGGCUGGCUGAACUUCCUGAUUUAAGCUGCACUGCUCACACCCUUCAGCUCAUUGUAAAUGAGGGCCUAUCUAGUCAGAGAGCUGUUCUGGACAUUAUUGCCAUAUUGAAAAGCUGUGCAACUCACUUUGGCCAUUCUGUAUUGGCAAAACAGAGGCUGAGAGCCAUUCAGGAGGAAGUGGGUGUGCCAUUGCACAACAUCAUCCAGGCUGUCCCAACUCGCUGGAACUCAACGCUUCACAUGCUUCAACGAAUGUAUGAACAGAGACGGGCACUGAAUGUGUAUGCUGGUGAACACGGCCACAUCAGCUGCUUAUCUGCCACACAGUGGGACAUUGUCUGCAACCUGAUCAAUACACUGGCUCCCAUCGAAGAAGUCACAAUGGAGAUGAGCAACUCUGUGACUUCAGCAGCAUGCAUUAUCCCCAGUGUGUCUGUUCUAAAGCUGAUGCUGCGGGAAGAGGGACCAUCCUCAGCAGGCAUCAAAACUUUGCGCAAGACCAUGCUUGACAGUCUGACAAGGCAGUUUUCCAAAGCAGAGGAGACAAAAAUUCUUGUCCUAGCAACACUCCUUGAUCCCAGAUACAAGGCCCGUGCCUUUGCGUCUGAAGAAACACUUGAGAAAGGAAAAAAAUGGCUAAAAGAUGAAGCUGAAGAGUUUGCCAAGCUCAGAGAUGAUGAUCCAUGCCCUCCACUACAAGGACCUGAGCAGGAUGAGAGUUUGGAUCCAGAGACAAAGAAGCAGAAAAUCCAUCAGCCCACUUUAGUGGACACUCUGUAUGCCAGGGUCCUUGGUGCCACAGCUGUCUCUCAUGAGAUGUAUAGCUUUGAGACUGAGCUUGAGUGCUAUUUGUCAGAGCCUGUCAUUGAAAGAAGUGACAUGCCUCUGCAGUGGUGGCAAAAAAAUGAAACAAGAUUUAAAACACUUGCACAUCUGGCAAAGAAAUUCCUGUGCCCCCCACCAUCCACUGUGCCUAGUGAAAGGGUGUUCAGUGAAGUGGGCAUGCUUUAUGAAGCCAGGAGGAGCCGACUCACUGGACACCAUGCACACCAGCUCUGUUUUCUCCAUUAUAAUUUGAGGCUUCUUUAACUUUGAGUAUUAAAAUAGAACUAGAACUAGAA